AUGGCUACCCCCAGUGUCCUUGCUUUUGACGCUGAGGGUCGGGCCAUUGACUUUGACGUCUGGGUAGAUGACCUGCAGCUUUUCCUACACUGCAAUAGGGCAGACGGUCUCUCCCUCUUUGACCUCACUUCUGGUGCCUCUCCUGCCCCUACUGCUGAUGCUGACGCCACUGUUCGCUCACAGUGGGCCACACGCGAUGCUGCUGCACGUCUUGCUGUGCGUCGCCACUUGCCUACCUCUGAGCGUGCACACUUUAGCCAGUACAAGAGCGCUAGGACCUUGUACGACGCUGUAGUUGCACGCUACUCUUCCCCUGCCACUGCUGCACUUAGCCGCCUCAUCCUGCCGUACCUCUUCCCUGACCUCGCAGCUUUUCCCACAGUCGCUGACCUCAUUACGCCCCUUCGCACUAGUGACAUUCGCUACCACGCUGCCCUUCCCGCUGAGUUCUGCGCCAAGAACCCCCCCUCCUAUCGAGGUGGGGGUGCUGGUCCGUGUACCUACGUCCUGCGCACUGGCGAUCGCGCGGGUGAGCCGUGCGGGGGUUCGCACUCCACCCAGCGCUGCUUUGGCCGCCUGACGGACGCUUGGCGUCACCAGUUCCCUAAGGCUACUGAGAUCCCUCGCUGGGACGAGCUGUCUAGGGCGGGGGUUCCUAUCUUUGAUCUUGACUAUGAUGCUAUUCUUGCUGCCAUGAAUGAUGUGACUAAUAGUGAUGAGGGUGACUGUUACCGGUGUUUUCCGCCCGACCUGGGCAUUGGUACUACUGCUCUAGGUACUGGUGAGGCUGCUGCUCUAGGUGCUGGUGAGGCUGCUGCUCUAGGUGCCAGUGAGUCUUCUUCCUCAGGUGCUCGUGAGUCUGCUCUCUCAGGUACUACGUCGGCUUCGGCCUCCCACACCUUUACCCUUGACUCAGAGGCUUCUCGCUCCUUCUUUUGA